CCCCGGCCGAACGGCAGGCGGUGACUACUGGCUCGCGCUUGCUCUCUCUCUCUCUCUCUCUCUCUCUCUCGACGACGCCCGCCUCUCUUCCGCUGGCGACGAUGCUGUCAGGGGACAUACCACCGAAUCAAACGAUAUACAUCAAGAACCUCAAUGAAAAGAUCAAGAAAGAAGAGUUGAAGAGAUCCCUUUAUUGCUUGUUCUCUCAAUAUGGAAGGAUUUUGGAUGUUGUUGCCUUGAAGACACCAAAGCUUAGAGGGCAAGCAUGGGUCGCAUUCAGCGAAGUUACCUCUGCCAGCAAUGCUGUGAGGCAGAUGCAAAACUUCCCUUUCUAUGAUAAACCUAUGCGUAUACAGUAUGCCAAGGAGAAGUCAGAUUGUAUUGCUAAAGCAGAUGGAACAUAUGAGAAGAAAAAGAAACAAGAAGAAAAAGCUGAAAGAAAGCGUCGUUCUGAAGAAGCCCAGAUGGCUAAUGGUUCAGCUCCUGAAAGCAAUGGGGGCCCAACAGUCUCUUUCCGCCAGGGGAAUACUAAUGCUCAAGAAGCGCUUCCUCCCAAUAAUAUACUGUUUGUUCAGAAUUUGCCUGUGGAGACAACAAGUCAGAUGCUGCAGUUGUUGUUCGUUCAGUACCCAGGAUUCAAGGAGGUGCGUAUGAUAGAGGCGAAGCCGGGGAUUGCAUUUGUGGAGUAUGAGGACGAGGUGCAGGCUGGAAUGGCCAUGCAGCAUCUUCAGGGAUUCAAGAUCACUGCUCAGAACCCCAUGUCCAUUGCCUAUGCUAAGAAGUAAACAAACGACCAACCUCCGAAAGGAAGCCACCAACCAAACUCAAAAUUUCUCUUUCGAUUAGCCUCUUGGAGUAGGAAAUCAUUUGUAAAGUUGAGAGAGGGGAAAUUUAUCCUUUUAUGUCUGGCGCUCUUACAAGUGAAUAUCUCUGCGACAUUUUGAGGUCGUGUCCUGUGUCAGGGUAAUGGUCUAUGAAAGGGAACGGUGAGGCUAUGCCAUUGCUGAAUGUAACCUCUUCUCUGGUAUAGAUCGUCUCUGUCUCGUCUCGUCUCGUAA